UAUAUAUAUAUAUAUAUAUAUAUAUAUAAAGCCCGCAGAGUUUCAAAGUCAGGAAAGGUCGAGACACGAGAAAACAGAGCUCUGAACUUUUGAAAAAUGGCUUCAAUGGCAGCACAAACAAGCGCCUAUUGUGGCUAUUAUUAUAACACUCGCAGCAAACACCAUAUCGGUUCAGCCCGUCCUCGAAUCCUCCGUUCUCAUCAGCAAAACGAUGAAGAUAACAGCAACAAACCCAGUGACCAAAUUGCUCGAAGGGAAAUUAUACUUAGGAGCAGCGAAUUAGCAGUAGAUGGGGCCAUUUUCAAUCUCAGCGGAAAAAAGCCUGAAUAUUUAGGGGUGCAGAAGAACCAACAAGCACUUGCUUUGUGUCCAGCUACCAAGAAUUGUAUAUCAACUUCGGAGAAUAUCAGCGAUCUUACUCAUUAUGCCCCUCCUUGGAAUUACAAUGGCAGUAGAAAGAAGCCUGUGAGUAGAGAAGUGGCAAUGAAGGAGCUUCUUCAAGUGAUAAAGACAACAAAACCCGAUAAAUUUACACCGCGGAUUAUAGAAAAGAACGAAGACUAUUUGCAUGUGGAAUAUCAAAGUCCCAUUUUGGGGUUAGUUGAUGAUGUUGAAUUUUGGUUUCCACCGGGCAACAACUCCAUUGUGGAGUAUCGAUCUGCGUCGAGGUUGGGAAACUUCGAUUUUGAUUACAAUAGAAAGAGAAUCAAGACAUUGCGACUGGAGUUGGAGAAAACAGGAUGGGCUUCUGCUGAAAGCUUCUGACGAGGAACCAAAAAAUGAAAAAGCCUUCUCGAGGGCCACUGCUCGCUAGCUGAUCUGAUACUUGGAACUCUCUGAACUCUCAUCUUGUAAAUCAUUAAGAAUUUAAAACAAGGAAUAAAUUCAAACCA